UUCAAUUAUAUAUAUUCUUGGCCGCCAGCUUAGCUUGUUAUUUCCAGAUAAAUCCUAGAUAGAUCAGAAGAAUUGAAACUUCAAAAAAGAUCUAUCAUAUCAUCAAAGCAGUGGUUUUAUCGAUCGAUCGAGUUCAUUAUUUGUAAUAAUGGUGCAGAAGACUGUAUUGAAGGUUGAUAUUUCAUGUGAGAAAUGCAAGAAGAAGCUCCUCAAGGCUGUCUCUGGAGUUGAAGGGGUUGAUAAAAUUGAGAUUGAUGAAGCAAAAGGGAGUUUGAGUGUAACAGGAAGUUGUGAUCCUUAUGAGAUAAUUGUGAAAAUAAAAAAGACUGGCAAAUUUAUGGAGGUGGUGAGUAUUGGGCCUCCGCCGGCUCCUCCAAAACAAGAUGCCCCGAAAAAAGCCGGAGAGAAGAAGCCGGAAGGAAAGAAGGCUGAAGAAAAGAAGAAUGGCGAUGAGCAAAUAUAUCCGGGUUAUAUAUAUUUUCCUCCACCACCACUCUAUUAUCCUCCACUUGAACAUGUAACCCAACCACAAGAUUCCACCCCACUAUGUAAUAUAUUGUGACUUUAUUUUUUUUUUGUUUAAA